GUUAAACCCCAAAAAAAAAGUUCCAUUUUUUCAACAAACCUCAUAAAGUUUGCUGUUUCCUCUGUUUGGAUAGAAAUAUGGUUGCGGAAAACAACAAGAAGGAAGUGACACUCUCUGCUUCAAUGGAGAACAACAUCAACAUGAAAGGAGCAAACAUUCAUCUCGAGGUUCUUCAAAAGGAACCAGCUGCUUUGGUCAAACCCGAAUCCGAGACACCAAAGGGUCUUUACUUCUUGUCAAAUCUUGAUCAGAACAUCGCCGUGAUCGUCCGUACAAUAUACUGUUUCAAAUCCGAGGAGAAAGGGAACGAGGAAGCAGUACAAGUAAUCAAGAAAGCUCUGAGUCAGGUUCUUGUUCAUUACUAUCCUCUUGCGGGACGUCUCACCAUAAGCCCUGAAGGUAAACUCACUGUGGACUGUACUGAAGAAGGAGUUGUGUUUGUGGAAGCGGAAGCAAACUGUAAAAUGGAUGAGAUUGGUGACAUCACAAAACCAGACCCGGAAACAUUAGGGAAACUUGUCUAUGAUGUUGUAAACGCCAAGAAUAUUCUUGAAGUCCCUCCUGUUACUGCUCAGGUGACUAAAUUCAGAUGUGGAGGGUUUGUUCUUGGACUCUGCAUGAAUCAUUGUAUGUUCGAUGGUAUUGGAGCUAUGGAGUUUGUUAACUCAUGGGGUCAAGUCGCUAGAGGCUUACCAUUAGCAACUCCUCCUUUUUCGGACAGAACCAUUCUCAGUGCAAGAAACCCUCCAAAAAUCGAGAAUCUCCACCAAGAAUUUGAAGAGAUCGAAGAUAAUUCUAACAUCAACUCUCUUUACAGCAAAGAGCCAACUCUCCAUAGAUCCUUCUGCUUUGACCCAGAGAAAAUCAAGAAACUUAAACUCCAAGCAACAGAGAACAGUGAAUCUCUCCUCGGUAACUCAUGCUCAACGUUUGAAGCUUUAUCUGCUUUUGUGUGGAGGGCAAGAACCAAGUCACUGAAUAUGUUAAGUGAUCAGAAAACGAAGCUUCUUUUCGCCGUUGAUGGUAGAGCCAAGUUUGAGCCUCAAUUGCCAAAAGGGUACUUUGGGAAUGGAAUAGUUCUCACAAACUCAAUCUGUGAAGCUGGAGAGCUAACCGAGAAACCGUUGAGUUUCGCCGUUGGAUUAGUAAGAGAAGCCAUUAAGAUGGUAACUGAUGGAUACAUGAGAUCUGCCAUUGAUUACUUUGAGGUAACAAGAUCAAGACCUUCUCUUUCUUCGACUCUUCUGAUCACUACAUGGUCUAGACUGGGAUUUCAUACCACAGAUUUUGGCUGGGGAGAACCGGUUUUGUCCGGUCCAGUAGCUUUGCCUGAGAAAGAAGUGACUCUGUUUUUGUCACAUGGAGAGCAGAGGAGAAGUAUCAAUGUGCUUCUUGGACUUCCUGCUUCAGCUAUGGAUGUGUUUCAAGCACAAUUUUCACAAAUAUGAUUUGAACAACAAGAAAAAAAAAUAAAAAAUUUGGCAAUUAUUGUCAAAAACUAUUCGUGUACUCUGCUUUUCUUUUGUGUUUUUUUUUGUUUCUGCUGAAUUAUUAUUAUUAUCAUCUUAAACUUGUCUGUAUCCUGCAUCAACUUUCAACCAUAAAUUUAUCUUG